AUGACGAGUAUUUCAGAUCUAGAGAAUCUUGGAAAGGAGCGUCCGCACUCUUUCUCAGGGCUCUGGCCUGAGUUAGCUUUUUGUUUUUCGAUAGUGAUGUCCCAAAUCCUGGCAGAAUUCUACAUAUCAGGGUCCAGCGUUCUUCUCCCAACUCUCGUAGAAGAACUGGAUAUACCUGCAGCCUCAACAAUAUGGCCCACCACCGCCCUCUCUCUUGCCAUCACUUCAACACUUCUCAUAUUCGGCCGCUUAAUCGAUAUGUACGGUGGCUAUAUCAUCUACAACGCAGGCGCCAUCUGGCUAAUUUUUUCCUCGAUCCUCUGCGGUGUGUCGCAGACAUGGCUGAUGUUGGUUGUCUGUCGAGCCCUGCAAGGGUUAGCUCUUGGAGCCCUGCUCCCAUCUGGCAUCAUGAUUCUGGGAAGUACAUACCGCCCGGGGCCUCGGAAGAACCUAGUGUUCAGCAUUUACGGCGCAUGUGCCGCGUUGGGUUUCUUCGCUGGGUUUUUCGUCUCUGGGAUAUGUGGUCAGUACUUAAGUUGGAGAUGGUAUUUCUUCAUUGGUGCGAUUUUAUCGGCGAUGAUGACGGCUUCGUCACUUUUUUAUAUCAAUUGUGAUUAUGCCAAUAAACGAGAGCUUGGCAUACGGAUGGAUUGGUCUGGAUUCUGCUUGUCCAUCUCAGGAGCGACGCUCUUCGUCUUCGCUAUUGCGGAUAGCUCGUACGCGCCACAGGGUUGGAGAACUCCGUAUAUUCCGGUACUUUUUACGAUUGGUGCCACACUGCUGGGCGUUAUGACAUAUCUUGAAGUGUGGGUAGUUAAUAACCCUUUGCUUCCUGGUGACAUUUUCCGACUCAAGUUUAUGACCCCUUUGAUAUUGGCAUUAUUGUGUCUUUAUGGAAGCCUGGGGAUUUUCCUUCUAUAUGGUGUGUUAUACAUGUCGGCCUUCAUGGGUGCCACCCCUCUCCAACUCGUCGCCUGGACCGUCCCGAUGGCAGUUGGCGGCCUUAUUGUCUCCCUGACAGGAGCAUUCAUUCUCCACAAAGUAUCAGGUACAGUAUUGAUGAUCAUCUCCUGUCUUGGAUACAUCGGCUCAGGGCUGUUAUUUGCUAUCAUUCCCCUUGGCGGAAACUACUGGCUCUAUGUAUUCCCAGCGAUGAUCUGCGGUACCAUCGCCGUCGAUAUCAGUUUUAAUCUCGCGAAUGUAUUCAUCACGACUAGCCUACCGAAGGCAAAGCAGGGUCUGGCUGGUGCACUGAUUUAUUGUACCAUGCAUAUGGGAUUCGCUAUUAUGCUGGGGUUUGCGGAUAUUGUUGGAACGCAAACGGAAUAUCUCGGUAAAUGGAAGAGUUAUAAGGCAGUGUUUGUGCUUCAGACAGGACUUGGUGUUGUUGGUCUUUUGAUUAUUUUGGGAUUCGUGAGGAUUCGUCAUGCCAAAAGUGAAUUGACGGCAGACGAGAAGGAGAAACUAGAGGGAACUCCAAUUCCGCACCACCCAUAUAUCUUCAACUCAUUUGCUCCAUCGAUUGAGCCCACACGUUUGUCCCAUAUUUAG